GCAGUCCUAACAACUCCACUGACAGGUCAGGAGUACAGUAGCUAGUGUGCGUUAGUAGUGCAGCCUAGGACGACGUUCGUGGGCAGUAAGGGUUUCUGCAAUUUUUAAUAAACAGCCCGCUUCUUUCGUCGCUGUCAGCCGCUGAUCAGUCAGCCUAGUUCUAGUCGAGCACCGAGUGUCGUUUAUUAAGUUAGCUAGCGAGCUAACCAUCCAGGCGUUGCUAAACGGAUAGGCCAAAGACACUGGUGAUGGUAGUUAUUUAUGAAUGUUUUUACUUCGGCUCUUUGAGAAUAUUUCGAUAAUAAUAUUUUUGUAUAAAUCUGACUAGCUAGUCAGACGGACAGUGUUUUCCUAAUCUGAGGAUUUUUGACAAGUUUUUUCGUCAGCUCACACAGCCUGUGUCAGUUCAGCUGUAGCUGUGUUUAUGUACUGAAAAAAUAUUAUAUAUAUAUAUAUUUUUGUCAAGAUUGCAGCUUUUCUCUUUUUUUAAAAAAUUUCCUUACAUUUUCAUUUCGGGCGUGUUAUAAAUAACUAGCCAACCUGCUAGUACCAGAGAGGAAGGAACUCGAAAGGGAAUUACUCGAACGGGCUGCUGAGGAGACUCGGUUAUUUCCACCAGCAAUAGCAAGACAGUUGUUCAUUUUUGCAGUUAUAUUUUAAGAGAAGAAGGGCUGUCGAUAAAGGCGAUUUUUUUUUUUACAAAACCACUAGCUGCCCGACAAGCCCGCGUUCCCAGAAGGCAGGAGAGAAGCGCGCUCCCCCUGGCGCGUUCAGACACCACGCGCUGUGCGCGAGCUCUCCCUCUGCACGUACCCAGCGAUAGACACGGCUCUGUUUGCGCGCGCCGCUCAUAUCUGUAUAAAUAAAACGCGUAAACACGCGGCGUGUCAGUAUUGUGGUGUUUGUGACCAGAGGGCUAGGAGUGCUCUGUUGUGGGCUGAGCUGGAAGACAGUGCCCGCGUGGGUGAGAAGAAGCGAGCGGACAGCCGAAAGUCAGCCCCUCUGCCCGUGUCGGACCGCGACUGUCGCGUUAUCGUUCGUUUAUCGUCCGUUUAUCGUGGGUUAUUGUGGAAAAUGGCGGCGAUCGGAAUGGUGCAGAUGUUGAUCGAAGCCGCGGAGUACCUGGAGCGCAGAGAGAGAGAAGCGGAACACGGGUAUGCCUCCAUGUUGCCCUACAGCACCAGCAAAGAAAGGGACAGCUUGAAACGAAAAAGUAAAAGCAAGAAAAAUUCCAACAGCAGGUCCACGCACAAUGAAAUGGAGAAGAACAGGCGAGCACACCUGCGGCUGUGUUUGGAACGCUUGAAGUCGCUCGUACCACUGGGACCAGAUUCCAACAGGCACACCACUCUCAGCUUGCUGAUGAAAGCCAAGGAACACAUCAAGCGGCUGGAGGAGAGCGAGCGCCGGGCCCAGCACACCAUUGACCAGCUGCAGCGGGAGCAGAGACAUCUGAGACGGCGCCUGGAGCAGCUGGGUGUUGAGCGUACACGCACGGACAGCACAGGCUCCGUCAUCUCGUCAGAGAAGUCCGAUUCGGACCAAGAGGAGCUUGAUGUGGAUGUGGAGGGCACAGACUACCUACUGGGGGACCUGGAGUGGAGCACCAGCAGUGUGAGUGACUCAGAUGAGCGGGGCAGCCUGCGCAGCAGUUGCAGUGACGAGGGCUAUUCCAGCGCCAGCCUGCACCGCCUUGCUGGCCCUCAGGAUAAAGUAACACCACUGGGCUGCGGCCUAUAAGGGUGCCUGCCUCAGCCACCUCCCUGCCCUUCACCCACGGCCAGUCUCCGUCACUCAGACCUGACACCCAGCACACCUGGCUAGACCAAGCCUGAGCUCCUCAGCUGAGAGACUGAUCCUGCCCAUCCUUACACCCUGCCCCCAAAUAGUCCGGCUGUUCCACACCCAGGCCUACACACCACUGAGACACAACAAGGAGCACUUUUGACCUUUUCGCUCCCCCUUGACUUGCAAGCGUCCAGUCAUAUGGAUGGAUUCCUCGCAGGCACUGCCCAUCGAUUCCUCUGAGCCAGUCAGAUGGCCAAAUCCAUAAUGACCGCCUCUUCUGGUGCCACCCACUACCACCGUGCUGCAUCCUUUCCAGUUGGUGCUGCGAUUCCUCUGGUGGGCCAAUGGCAGGCAACUGUCCUUAUUAACUGUAAUGUGUAGUCCCAUUGCCAUCCCGAAGAAGUCAGUGGUAUGGAGACGGCUGUGUCCCCUGGCUACCAGGUGGUGGUUUGAGCAUGUCACAUUGCACUUAAAGGUUAGGAAAGGAUGUCCAGGGUGUGUGUGUUUUUUUUUUUUUUUUUUUUUUUUUUGGUUCUUAAUAGUCUCAUUGAAGACUUGCAGCUAUUAUGGUAAUGUAUUAGGAGUGACCCAUGUUCAUCCCUUUCGUCCACACCACACGUCUCCACUUUGGGAGAUCGGGGCACAGCUCAAUGGGGUGUGGCUCAAAUUUUAGUCAAUGUUAAUCUGGCAGUGGCCCACCAAAGCAAUAUGUCCAUCUGUUCGGUGCGAUGGUGGAUUCCCUCCUUUUAUCCAUGCUUUGUUGGGGGUGGUUGUUACAACCUAUGUAACCAUUUGGUGAUAUUUGUUUAGUGAAGAACGGUGUGAGGCAUGAGACUGAUUUGGUGGGCGGGUGGGACUGUUUAGUUACAUUGCUUCCUCUUUCUGACGACAGCGGCCUUUACUCUUAGAUUUUCUUUUAAUCGAUGUUUGAUUGUCAUCUUUUAGGUGAAGUAACCUGGUCUUCUUGCAUUAGUUAUAUGAGAGGUAAACUGAAGGAAAAAAGAAAAGCACAUUCCAAGUAAGGAGAGAUGUGGGAGCAUAUAGGCCAGGCUGGUAGGGACUGUGAGUUACAGCCUGCUGAUCUCUCCAUCAUCAUUCAUGUGAAGGGGAGACCUGCACAGUGUAACUAGGAGCUUCAGGUAAAGUACAGAUAGCAGGGGUUUUGGACUUUACAUGCUUUCUGAAAGAAAAAAAACCUGAAAAAAGUUUCAGCCAGAGUGCCGCAUUGCACAAACACACUCUGCUGUCUUGCUAGUAUAUUUGUUGUUUCAGCAAAAUGUAGCCAUUUUUAUGUAAAUAGUUUACAGAAAGAUAUUUAUAUGUAUAUCUAUAAAGUAAUUUAUAUUUGGUCUAAAUAUGCUAAAAGAUCUAUAUUUAAGUAGAUAGUUUUGCUUUAUUUGCUUUUUAUUCUUCCAGAUGCAAGUUUUAAAUGUGUAGUUGGUUGGCACAGCAUUGUGAAUAGGUUUUAAUGCUGUCUUUAGUGCGUGGGCUUUAUGCGUACAUCCAGAAAGUGAGAUGUUGCUACAAGGAAUUCAAUGUUUUGCUCAUGAUUCAUUGUAUGAGACAUUUAGCUGUUUGAAAAGCCAUCUUUCAUGCAUGCAAGCUAAAACAAAAGAGGAAAAAAAAAAAAAAAAAAACCCUGAAAUCGUUAAAGAGAA